UGGGUGGUGUAAGUGGGCGUGGUGAAGGUGAAAGUGGGCGGAACGGAAAAGGGGCGGAGUGAAGUGGAAGAUGGCCGCGUCGAGCAGUGGGGAUGCGAUCAUCAAGUCUCUCUUCGAGUGCCCGUCCUGGGCUGGAAAGCCGCCACCCGGGCUGCAUCUCGAUGUGAUUAAAGGCGACAAAAUGAUUGAGAAACUGAUAAUUGAUGAGAAGAAAUAUUACCUGUUUGGACGGAAUCAAGACCUGUGCGAUUUCCCCAUUGACCACCAAUCAUGCUCACGUGUCCAUGCUGCCCUCGUCUACCACAAACACCUCAAGAGGGUUUUUAUCAUCGACCUCAAUAGCACACAUGGCUCGUUCCUGGGCCAGAUCCGUCUAGAGCCUCACAAGCCACAGCAGGUUCCCGUGGACACCACUCUCACCUUCGGUGCCUCCACACGCACCUACACGCUGCGCGAGCGCCCUCAGACCUUGCCCGGUGGUGCCACGGGCAAGGGGGAGGAGAAGAAUGAAGAGGAGGAGAUGAAGGGUGGACUGCUUGGCCUCCCGGAGGAGGAGACAGAGCUAGAUAACCUUACGGACUUCAAUACCGCGCAUAAUAAACGCAUAGCAACGCUCACCAUUGAGGAGGGGAACCUGGACCUGCCUAGGCCGAAGCGUAGGCGGAGGAGCUUCCACGUGAGCUUUAGCGAGGACGAGGAGGUCAUCAAUCCAGAGGACAUUGACCCGUCCGUUGGGCGUUUCCGUAACAUGAUUCAGACGGCCGUUGUCCCACUGAAGAGGAAGCAGGAUGGGCCCGGCACGCCGACCAGCCCCGGCGACAGCUCGUCCAAGCGGCUGCACGGCUUCCCGUUCUCCUCGGGGCUCUACUCGGGAAUUCCAGGCGGGGAGUCGGGGAUGCCCCCAACUUCGCCCAGUGCCCUGGGACCGGGUGCUGGGGCCACCGCGCUCAUUGGGGGGUUGCCCCUGCCCUUACCCAAUCCGGCACCCGACGUUGAGGUGUUUCCCGAGCAGGACCCUGCACCGAAUCUUAAUUCGGCUUCCGCGGCGGCCGCUGCGGCUGCGGCUGCUGCCGCUACCGCCGCAGCGGCGGCACCGGAACCCGGACCCACUCUGCCGCGCAAGAAGAAGUAUGCCAAGGAGGCGUGGCCCGGCAAGAAGCCUACACCCUCUCUGCUCAUCUGAUGCCCACAUUCCCACACGUGUUGAUAAGAAAAACGCGGCCCUCUCGCUGGAACCCCCAAUUUUACAUACAAGCCAUUUCCAGAGGCGUUUUAACUUCCAUGUAUCUGCUUUUGUUCACAGUUCAGUACGGUAGGCUUUCUGCAGAACUGUUGCUGGUUGGCUGUGACAUUGUUACAUUUAAAAUGCCUAUGUUGUAAGACUUGUCAGCUGGAGGAUCAUUGUUGGACUAAUAUUGAUGCUCCUCUGGCAAGUUGUGAUGGGUUGGUGUUAAGAGGAAAUAUAUAUUAUGGAAGCAAAGACGUUCCGUGUGGCAGGUGUCAAUCCCAGUUCUUCAUGGUUAUCACGAUCAGUGGUUCCCAACUUUUCUGGAUCUGCAGCUACUUCAACCCUCAACAUUUUUCUGGACCUCCACGCACCAGUAAGAUUUUAAAAAUGUCAGCUACGAAAUGAUAUCUCCCAAUAAUUCUGCUGAGCAUGGGUUGGGAACCACUGCUCUCGUGCAUGCUGGCAUUUGCAGGUGUGUGUAGUAUUACAUUGGAAAUACGUGCAAAGCUGAAGCACUCAAGACCAAGAGGGAUGCAUAUUUUAGAGUCCUCAUACUUUAGGACUAGGCUUGAAUGGCGGCACCUUCCACAUGAAAUGGGAAGACAACUUGAUUGGUGUAAUUACAUCAGUUUGUACUUGAUGCUGUGUAUGGUUUUGGUCAUAGCUAUGAGUGGAUAUUGCGAUUCAUAUUUUUGAUGGUCAUCCCAGCACGAUGUUUAAUAAAUGUUAGGACAGAGGUUGCGUUGUUGCCCCGGUGUUCGGUUUACUGUCCUGUUUGAACAGAUCAGAGUUGUAUUUUUGUGUGUAAUUGGCUGCAAUGUAAACCUGUUGGCAGUGGUAGCUGUUAAACUUAUUUAACAAUAAUUUUACAUUAAUUUUUUCCCAGUUUCUUUUGAUGAAUGUAUAUUGUGCCCUAAAUGUGAUGUGUACAUUAGGUUGUAACCGAACGUCAUCAGUACAGUGAUGCCUGCUGGUAAAAAUUGGCAUCGUUUGUCAUAUCAGUGCUCAAGUCGGCAACAGACCAUACACAAGUGAGGCAACUACUCUAGUCUGUGUAUUGUCCACGUAAAAGAAAAUUUGCAGAGCGAGAAUGGAUUUGCCAUGGCCUAUUGUAGACAACAGUGGUAUUGUCUGCAGCUUGUAGUUGACACCAAGUGUGGACGAUGGUGGGCGUCAAGGUGCAGUUGAAGUGGCACUGCGAACGGGGGCAUACCUGCUUCUGGAGUUGUCCAAGUAAGAGCUGUAACGAGCUGUACCAAAAAGGUGCCUAUUUUGUAUAAAUGAUGGUGGCACAGAUUUUCUACCAAAAUAAAAACAAAAAAGCA